AUGACGCAGACUGUGGAUUUGUUUAACCACGCAAAGUCCAGCAGCAGCGAGGGCCGGGUGUGGUCGGUGGACGCUGCGACGUUCAAUGAGGUGCCCGAGGUGCCGCGCGUGCUCGCGGACUCGCAGUUUUACCUCGCCUACACCAUGAAGCGGCGCCACGUGCUGCGGGUGGUGAAGCGCUCGAACCUUUUGAAGGGCUGCGUGCGGGCACACGCGAAGCCCAUCCACGCGGUGAAGUUUGUGAACUACCGCAGUAAUGUGGCGGCGUCUGCGGGCGAGGGCGAGUUCUUCGUGUGGGUCGUGACGGACGAAACGGAGGUGGGCAACGGCGACCCCAACCCCGCGGCCCACCUGACGGUGAAGGUCUACUUUAAGCUGCAGGACCCUGUGACCCUCCCGUGCUUCUCCUUCUUCAUCAACGCGGAGAGCCAGCGGCCCGACCUGCUCGUCCUCUACGAGACGCAGGCCGCCAUUCUCGACAGCUCCUCCCUCAUUGAGCGCUUCGACGGGGAGUCGUUGGAGGCAUCGCUGCAGCAGAACUGCACCACUCUGCGCGCCCUGAGCCACCCCGUUAGCGAGAACAGCCUGUGCUCAGUGGGCUCCGGUGGGUGGUUCACCUUCACGACGGAGCCAACCAUGGUGGCGGCCUGCACGCUGCGAAACCGCAGCACCCCGUCGUGGGCCUGCUGCGAGGGCGAGCAGGUCAGGGCACUGCACCUCCUUGACGCCGCUGUUGCGGAAAACGCCGCCGUUCUCGUGGCCGCCUCCACAAGAGCGGUGUAUCAGUGGCUUCUUACGGGAGUGGCGGAGCCCAGUCUGCUGCGGAAGUUCGUCAUUGAUGGGCCGAUUGUUGCGAUGGAGAGUUCACGCGAGACCUUUGCCGUCUUUGAUGACAGGAAGCAGCUGGCGCUGGUGAGCGUGCAGUCCCCGAGCAGCUUCGUCUGCAACUACUUCAUGAUGCCGUGUCAGUUGCAGCGCCGCGGCUUCUGCUUCAAUCGCACCGCCGAUGGAUGCUGCGUCUUGGCUGACAUGUCAAAUCGGUUAACGAUCUUUCAUCUCAAGCCCUCCCGCAGGGAAGAGCAGCCGCACGGGCAAAAGCCGCCGGCUGUGACGACGGGGAAACGCGGGGGCGCGUCUUUGAAGCCCGACACCACCACCACGACGAAGACGACGAGUGCCACAGUCACCGCUGGCGUGUCCCCCGUCCCGGCGGCGACGGCGUCCGCGUCGCUGCCGACGGCGCAGGCUGAGGGGCCGCGAGUGGGGAAGAAGAUCAUUGCCAACCUAGUGAGCCAGCUGGGGCUUAGUGCCUCCAAAACGAACGUCGUUGUCGCCGCCGGAUCGCCGGCCACGUUGCAGUCCACUGCGACAGCCACUGCGGCUGCCGCCCCGCAGCGGACCAGCCCAUACGGGCACAGUAGUCGUCCCGUAACGGCUGGGUUGGUGGCAGCUAAUAGUGGCGCCAACGCGACGCAGCCGCCCACAGCCGCGGCAGCAACAGGAACAACAACAGCAACGGCAGACGGAGAUGGCGAGGGGUCCUCCCCAGCGUGUGUCACGAGCCCUGCAACGGUGCAUGGGUCACGCCCAGCGCUUCACAACUCUUCUCUCCCGCAGGCGCCCACGGACGGCGUGCUGGCGGCAGCCGUGUAUCAGUCGGAGGAGGAGGUUCGCCAUGCGGUGGCGCAGCUGGAUUCUGUGAUCACCAACACGUUGCAGGUGCUGAAGCUGCUCCCCGACACGGUUCGACGGGACCACGAACAGCUUCUCAACCUCGGCCUAGAGGCACAGAUGACCGAGCUUCAGCAAAGUCGUUCUACGCCGCAAACGCAGCCGCCACCGCGCCCGGCGGCUGCGGCGACGCCAUCCGUGUUUGAGACGUACACCCUUGUGUUUAUCGCGGACUCGCUCUCCCGCAACAUUGCGAAGGGGGUGAAGCGUGGCGUGGACCAGGCCAUGACGCUGCACCUCGACCACGAGGUGCGGCACGCGAUAGGAAGCCGAGUGCGGCAAACACAGAAGAAUAUCAUCAAGAACCGCAUCGAUGAAGCAAUGCGGGAGAGCACCACACAGUUUGUGGCGCAGGUGACGCAAACGGUGGAGAAUUUGGUAAAGCGCGAACUUGCCGAGGUGCUCGGCGGCAUCAACGGCUCUCUCACCACCCUCGUAAAGGAGAACGCCUCCCUGCAGAAGGAGCUGAACACCAUUAUGUCUAGCGGUGUGGUGGAGGAGAUGCGUCGCAUGCGGAAGGAGCUGUGCACGCUGCGAGAGACGGUUGAGCAGCAGAAGGCGGCGCUUGAGAACUGCUCUCUCCGCGCCACGGGCGCCCUUCAGGGAAACACGCCAGCCCCCGAGACAAUUCUCGCAACGGCGCUGUCGCUGAUGCAAGAGAAGCAGCACCUCCAAGGACUGGAGUAUCUGCUGGCGGCUCAGCAGCCCCCGCUGCUCCUGCAGUUCUUUACCAAGCUCACAAAGGAGAGCGAAAGCAUCUACUUGGAACUCGUGGAGAACGCGGCAACGCCGAAUGAGGUGUGGUGUUCGCUGCUGCUGCAACUCGUAGAGGCCGCAGAGACGGAGGCCGAUAAGGAGGCGGUCGUUAGCAUCGCCAGCGAUAUUCUCUCGGAGCGGGAAGAACUCCUUCAUGGCAGCGCGCUCGGCGCCAAACUCGCCCGCGUCAUGCGAGACUUUGGAGAGCAGGCGAAGACGGAAACCACGAACCGGUCAUUUCUGAAGUGCCUGAAGGACCUGAAAAAGCAGUUGCAGGCAUGA